AUGAAGAACAACACCAGCACCGAGAGUGGUCCUGAGUCGCCCACUACGGUCCGACCCCUUGAUCUUGACGACGAUGAUGUUCAGGAAUCAGGCAUCUUAGGAGGUGAUGAUGGCAAUACCACAACCACAACUGCUGCUGCUGCGACAAACACCUCGCAGACCCAGGCUCCUGCCCAAGCUCAAGCUCCUGCUCCUGCUCAGACACAGGCGCAUACCCCGACGAACGAGACGGCACCCCCUCAACCCCCCCGACCUGUCUCUGAGACCCAACAGAAUGAGACUAUUCUUAAGGAAGCUUUCCCCAGCGUAGAGAUGAGCGUUAUUAAGGCUGUGCUGAGGGCUAGCGGUGGUCGCGUUGAGCCAGCAUUUAACGCUUUGUUGGAGAUGACCGACCCCGAUGCUGCUCACAACGAACCCGCCGAUGUCCCACCUCCUCAACCUCCCAGGCCCCAGAAUCGAUCUCAGAUGUCGCAAAUGGAGGCGGAUGAGCUAUAUGCGCGCCAGCUUGCGGAACACUACGAUAAUGUUGGUGCUUACGAGAACCGAACUGCCAACCGUGGAGGCAACGAUGGCCGACAAAGGCAAGGUCAACAAGGCCCAGAAUGGGGUGAUGAUCGCGAGCACAGCUUCAUCGACGACGAUCUCCCUGUCAUCCGUGAGAACCUUCGAAAAGGGUUCUUUGAAACACAGGAGAAGGUCAAUGGAUGGAUUACGAAUUUGAAGAAAAAGAUCGAGGAGAAUUUCGACGAGAGCGAAGAGCAGAACCAACGACAAGGACAACCCUUCCGCCGUCCUGGAGAAUCUAGCCGCCGCAGCGGCGACUACGACCGCUAUGAUGCGGACCCCCAAGUGCUUAGCGAUGACUUCGCUGGCAUGAAGUUCUCGUCUGAUGGAACUCCGAUGAACCGCCCGAUGGCCAACACUGGCAUGUACAAGCCCCCGCCUCCAUCAACUUCGCCCAAGCCCAGCAAUGGCCGACGAGUUGGCUUCAAAGAGGAGACGGAAGAGAUCAACAUGUACGACUCAUCACCACGAGUACCCCCCAAGGAUGCGGCUCCUGCCAGUGGCACAAGAGGAAGCAAGUGGCAGCCUAUGUCAGCCGUUGAACCUAGCCCCAUUGUAGAGAACGACCCAUUUAGCUUGGGAGACAGUGAAGAUGAGAGGGAGACGCAUCAGAAACCCAAGGAUGAUAAGAUUGACGACAGCGAGCGCCUCAAGAAGGCUACCGCUGAAGCCAUGGCUGAUAGUCUAAGCGAGUCAAAAGAGACUGAAGCAAAGAAGAACUAG